GGACUUACUUUCUUUUCUAGAUUCGUUUUCUGUCAUGAACAUGUUUGACAUUCUGAGAAAUAAAGGAAUCAACAUGAAUAGUCAGCUGAUCACAACCGGAAGUCACAUGUCGGUAUUGUCGUUUGUCGGACUUCCGGACUGCCAUUGGAUGACAGGCACACCAGACCCACGUUUAUCCGUCUUCAAACCUUUCAUAUUUUCUGAUAGCGCUCACAUAGGUGAUAUUACAUACUCUCUUUCCAGUGACAACAAACGCCAUGUUCUGUUCAAAUAUCACGAAAAAGCACGAAAUUUGAUGUCGGGCGAAUGUCACAGUGGCACAGAGUUACUUCAGUUGAUGAGGAACUUGGAGGAGACAUGCGUCACAGAAAUGGAAGAAUUUUGUCAGAAAUUUUCUCCAGAAAAUAUGUCAGACGUAGAAGAACUCUUUAAGGAUAUCUGUGAAUCAGAGGUCAAAUUUUACUUCUGACCUCUGACCUUUAUAGAAAUGGAAUAACAGUAUCUACAUCCCAAUUCGC